ACAUCCCAUUCCCCACAAUCCAAAGCUAAGCAAGUCCACAUUUUCAACAUUUUUCCAGUAGAGAAACAAACCCCCCACCUAAAUAAAGCCCUUUCUAGAGAGAGAAACAACACACACAGAGCCCAAAAUUCAUCAAACGCCAUGGAUUGUCAGAUCUAUGGCGUCCUCUUCCUUCUCACCCUCGCCUCCGCAUUACCGGAAAAUCCCACCGCCAAGCCCUCAAACUCCACCGCCCAGAUCAAUUCCAACUCCGUCCUCGUCGCUCUCUUAGACUCUCACUACACUGAGCUCUCGGAGCUGGUCGAGAAGGCCCUCCUCCUCCAGACCCUCGAAGAAGCCGUCGCCAAACACAACAUCACCAUUUUCGCGCCCAGAAAUGAGGCGCUGGAGCGGGAAUUGGACCCCGAAUUCAAGCGCUUCCUUCUCGAGCCCGGAAACCUAAAAUCCCUCCAAAAUCUCCUGCUUUUCCACAUGAUCCCCGCCCGCAUUGAGUCCAAUCACUGGCCCGACAAGCCCCUCCACCACACCACCCUCUGCCGCGAGAACAUUCCCCUCAACGGCGACAAAACCGUGAGCACCGCUAAACUCAUCAAAUCCGACGACAUCAUCCGCCCCGACGGAGUAAUCCACGGCAUUGAGCGCCUACUCAUCCCGAAAUCCGUCCAGCAGGACUUCAACGCCCGGCGCAGCCUCCGCACCACCUCCGCCGUGAUCCCGGAGGGCGCGCCGGAGGUCGACCCGCGGACGCACCGCCUGAAAAAGCCCGCGCCGCCCGUCCCCGCCGGCGGGGCGCCCGCCCUCCCCAUUUUCGAGGCCAUGGCCCCCGGCCCCUCCCUGGCCCCCGCCCCCGCCCCAGGCCCCGGCGGGCCCCACCACCACUUCGACGGCGAGAGCCAGGUGAAGGACUUCAUCCAAACGCUCCUGCAUUACGGCGGCUACAACGAGCUGGCCGAUAUUCUGGUCAAUCUCACCUCAUUAGCAACUGAGAUGGGCAGACUUGUUUCCGAGGGUUACGUUUUGACGGUUUUAGCCCCCAACGACGAGGCUAUGGCCAAGCUGACCACCGAGCAGCUCAGCGAGCCCGGGGCGCCGGAGCAGAUCAUGUAUUAUCAUCUGAUCCCCGAAUACCAAACGGAGGAGAGUAUGUACAAUUCGGUGCGGAGAUUCGGGAAGGUUAAUUACGAUACGCUGAGAUUGCCGCAUAAAGUGGCGGCGGAGGAGGCUGACGGCUCCGUUAAAUUCGGGCGGGGCGAAGGAUCCGCUUAUCUAUUCGACCCCGAUAUUUACACCGACGGUAGGAUUUCCGUUCAGGGAAUCGACGGAGUUCUGUUUCCGGCGGAGGAAGGCACUGCCGCGCCGAAAGCUGCUCCCGCCGCUAAGAUUGUUGCUAAGCCGAGAAGAGGGAAGCUAUUGGAAGUGACAUGCAAAAUGCUUGGAGCUGUUGGACAGGAUUCUCAUUUCUCUAGUUGUCAUUAACUAUCACACUUGGAAAAAAUGAAAAAAAAAAAACAAAAAAAGAAUAAAGGGAUGGGGAGGAGAUGGUUCAAAAAGGUAAGUGAGUAGGACUUUUGUUUACGUGUUUUUCUGUAUAUUCUUGAAAUUAUCCCAAAUUAACUUAAAGUUUUUACUUUGUUUAAAUAAUGCCAGAUUAUUAGACAACAACAUAAAGGGGUGAGAGACAGGACAUAGUUGUGUUUAAUUGUUUGUUCUUCCGAACCCCCCACAGGAGAAUUUUUUAUUUUUAUUUUUUCUUUGUUUUUUUGUCUUAUUUGGGCAUAAAUACUGUAAUUAGAGUAUCCAAUUUCUUUUUUUUUCUUUAAUUGUAUGUAAGUUUGCUCACCGACAUUGUAUUCCAAUAAAAAUACAGUCCUUUUGAAGGAUAUAUAUUGCUGCUGCUGUCA